UGUUGACAGUUUUUCUGUCAGUGUGAUUGUAGUAAGAUAACCUUUUAGCCAUUUCGUAGUUAUGCAUAUUUUUAGCUGAUAUUAAUUUUUAAUAAAUAAACCUAAUUUCGUUAAUAUGGUAAUUACUAAUAAAUUUCUUAGCUUAAUUCGCCUAAAUUAUGAUAAUAUUUACGUCUUCCAUCAAGUACAAUUAGGUUAGUUGUCACGAUCAAACUGGUGUAGUAAGUAGUGUAACUAUUAAUUAAGCACCUGCAGUUUAAAGAAGUUCAGUUUUAAUGUCAGUAAUUGUAAUAUCUCGAUCACUGUGUAGGAACCUGUUCACUUGGAAGAAAUCAACAUCUAACCCUCUGAAAGUGAUGUCCUCUGAUACAGGUGAUAGGACCUGGGGUCAUUUGGCAGCUACAGAACACUAUGGUCGAAUCACAGACACAACAGAUUACAUUCAGGUAGACAAGGAAAAUUUAAAAAAUGACCCCUAUUACAAUAGCUCACAAGCAAGUCAUUGUAUGAUUUUUGCUAGAAAUAAUAAAAAGACCUUUGGUGUCUACAACCCAAGAGCUGCUAUUUUGAUGCAAAUGCGUUUUGAUGGCAAUUUAGGCUUUCCUGGAGGUCUUGUGGAUGCAGGUGAAGAUUCUAUAAAAGCUCUCAACCGUGAACUCACUGAGGAGAUGAAUCUGGAUACAUCAAAACAUUCUGUCUCCGAGUCGAGUUAUGUUGUCACACAUUGGAGCAUUUCAAAGAGGUUAUGUUUACAUUUUUAUGCAUUAGAAGUGAGUCUUGCAGAAUUGUAUGAGAUUGAGAAAAGAGCACUACUUGCAAAGGAUUAUGGAUCAGAGGUGUUGGGAACUAUCAGAAUGCCACUAUACACUAUGGGAGACGGAUAUCGAGGGUUUCCCACAUUCCUGACCAACGCCUUCAUAGGCAAUUCUCGUCUACAGCUGCUCCAUUGUCUCCGUCAGUUGGAGAUCCUGACCCCUGAAGAGAUACAACUCGCCCUACAAGCAGUUCCACUUCCACUCAAGUCCUGAUGAUUGUGCUAGGCUGUAAACGUCAUCUACAGUCAUUCCAAAGUAAAUCAAAUGAAUUGUUUCUACAAAAUUCUCUAAAUAGCUUUAAAUCAUUGUUCACUUGUUUUAAUGUAUUAUAUGUACAUUUAGUAUAACUAAAUGUUGAAAACAUGUAUUAUUUUAAUAAUGUUACACCUAAGAAUAUUCUGUUUAUUUGAAAUCUACAGUUGAGUUUGUUCUGUUUCUUUUAGAUUAUUUAUGUAUUUAAAAAUAUAGACCGGUUUUUGUUUGA